CAUUUUCCAUUUGUCUUUAUUUUCUAUUGGGACAAAUUAAGUAAACAAAAGCGUCGAAACUUGGCGUCACAAUAUGCAAAUAUUCGUCAAGACACUUACUGGGAAGACCAUUACUUUGGAAGUUGAGCCUUCCGAUACUAUUGAAAACGUAAAGUCCAAGAUACAAGACAAGGAAGGUAUCCCUCCGGAUCAACAACGUUUGAUAUUUGCAGGCAAGCAACUAGAAGAUGGAAGAACUUUGUCUGAUUAUAAUAUCCAGAAAGAAUCCACUUUGCACUUGGUAUUGAGACUUCGUGGAGGUGCUAUUCCUGAAGGGGAUCCGACUCGUGGAGAGAAGAUAUUCAAGACUAAAUGUGCUCAGUGCCACACUUAUGAAAGUGGAGGCAUCAACAAACAAGGGCCCAAUUUACAUGGCUUGUUUGGGAGACCAGCAGGUUCAGUUCCCAGUUUCAGCUAUUCAGCUGCCAACAAAAACUCCGGAAUAGUAUGGAAUGAAGAUACUUUAUUCGAGUAUCUCAUUGCGCCCAAAAAGUAUAUUCCAGGUACCAAAAUGGUAUUUGCUGGUUUGAAAAAGGAGCAAGAGAGAGCAGACUUGAUUGCUUUUCUCAAAAAAGCUACUUCAGAGUAGGCAGAAAGUUUAUUUUGUGUUUAGUUUUUCUUUCAUAAAUACAAAUCGUCGGUUUUCUUCAAAAUUGGAAU